AUGGUCAAUGCACACAAGGAUAGAAUACCAGACAAGACAAAGGAGAUUUUGAAGGGUACAGACUUUGGAGAAAUGAUGGAACCGUUCUGGCAGGACAAGAUAACCAAGAUCCAGCUACACAAGCAUGAAGCGGACCUGGAGAUACUCAUGAGGCACUUCGACCGCACAGACAACAAGUGGAAGUUUGGGGAUGUUGUUAUGGAAAUAACGGAGGAGGAUAUCACGACUUUAUUUCACCUCCCGGCCGAAGGAGAAGUGUUCAAUGUGAACAGGAGGGUGGUGAGGGAAGAGAUGGAAGACUCUCCAAUUUUUGGCAGCCCUUUAAAGACGCAUGCUGUCCUCAGAACAAAGGUGGAAUCGUAUUUGGUAACUGAGUUGACAAAGCCGGCAAAAGAGAAAGAUGCCAGGAAGAUAGCCGUGCUAAUGAUCACAUAUCUAUUCAGCACAUUCUUUUUCACCCGAACCGGUGCUCAGAUCACAUGGAAUAUGGUCGCCGUAUGUGAACGGAUUGAGAAGAUAAACAUGUACAACUGGCCAAGAUUAAUUCUGAACUUCUUGAUGGAAGGGCUACAAAAGUAUAGGAGGAACAGUCCAUCUGUUUUGAAUGGAUGCCUUCUUCUCAUAUAUUACUGGUUCCUUGAGAAGACCAGGGCAAAGACCUGGAUACUUGGAAAGCAGAAUGAAACUCCACGAUUCAUCCGAUGGUCGAUAAAGGAAAUAUUUAGCCUGGAACAGCUGUACAGGAACGAGAACUUAGCCGUGGAUCUGAUAAAAGCUGGACCGUGGCAAGGGAAAAUUGGACUGGAAGACCUCGAGAUGGGUGAUGAGGUGCAGGACACACCAAGCUUUGACAACUGGGUGCCCCAGGCAAGCCAAACGGAAGAGGAACAAAAUGAAAGGCUGACGGGGAAUAUCAAGGAACUAAUCAGGGAGAUGGAAGCAGCAAUUGGUGAGUCAAAGCCCACCAAAGAAAUGGAGGCAAAGCUAGGAAGGCUUGCCAAAGCAAACGAGGAACUGAAUGCACAGAACAAAGAUCUAUGGGUCAAACUAAAGGUUGCCGAUGAGAGGAUUAAAGAGCUGGAAAUUGAAAAGAGGGCAAAAAAUAACCUCAUCAGGGCGUUGUACAUCCGGCUUGAAAAGGAGAAAGGAGAGGUCCCCCCACCACAAAAACAACUUGAGAUAGUUCCUUUCAUGCCGAAAGUGGUCCCCCAAGAUGAAGUUGAGGAUGAAAAUCCAAACUUUGGACAAAGCGUAGGAGAGGAGACCCAUUAUGCAGCCAGUGUGGGAAAGUCGACGGACACGGUGACGUCAGCGUUUCCUAUUGCAGAGGAAAUACCUGGACAACAAGAUGAAAGCCGUUUACAACCGGGGCAACAAGUACAUGGGAAUGAAGAGGAAGAUGAACAGCUCGAUAACAUCAUAAGGAUUAUUGCUGAGAAGGAAGCGAUGGGAACAUACCGGAGGGCUGCCAAGAAGGCUAGAGAGGAGGAGUGGGAGUACGACACUCCGGAAGAAGCAAAAAUUACGAAGAGAGCUGCACCUAAGAAAGCAGGAAUCAUGCAGCAAGCCCAGAGAAAAAUGUUGAACAAUAUCAAGAUCAAGGGUGUUAAAUGCGAUAAGCCAACAUGGAGGACACUGGACCCGGCAGUGGCAAGGCACUAUAGAGACUUCUUCAACGUUGCUGUGAAAGACACGACCGAGUACUGGACCAGCAUUGAUCUUCUACGCCGGAUCACCAAGCACGACCUAAGAGUAAUCAUCCAAGAGGGGGACAUCGAAACUGAUGUGAUCAGCGUUUAUAUGGAGUUGUUGAAGUCUGAUGCAGAAAAGCUAAAUGCGCAAGUGGGAUUCCUCACAGUCGACGCAGGGUACUAUGCUAUAAAGUAUGAACAGACCAAAGAACAAGAUGAGGACACUAGACCUUUUGAGUGUGGUGUCGAGACAAUGAUUUAUGAACCCCUGUGGUCAGUCUUCCGUUUCAAAAAGGUGCUAGUACCAAUUCACCACACAACAAGCAUGCACUACACAUUGCUGGUAAUUGACAAUGAAACAAGGAGGUUCACACAUAUGAAUUCAUUGAGGCCACCAAUCAAUGAAUUCACCAAUGAGGAGAAGUACCAACUGAAUGCAGCAAGAGUGGUAAAGCACAUACAGAAAUUCAUACAUGUUGUGAACUUGACUAAGAUGAGAAUACGGGGCGAAAGCCAAGAUCCAAAUAUCACUCGAGAAAAAUGCAAAGGCGAAGAUGAUAAGGAAAACCUGAUUAUUGUUGAAGAAGCAAUGACCGAGGAGGAAAAACAAACCAGAAACUGGAUCUUACAGAAUAACGUUGUGGAGACAGACUAUGAACUCUUUGAAGACUUUGACUGCCCGCAACAGAACACAUCAUCUGGUGAUUGCGGGCCCUUUAUGCUCCAUUACAUGGAGAGCAUAGUAAAUGGCAUAGAACCAACCAAGGAAGGCGGGGACAACAUGAGGAAGAGAUUGCUUGAGAGGUUCAUGCACCUACUAUUGGGCAGAAAGUGA